CCUCUCUCCUGGGUUUUCGCUUUUCUUCUCGACGCCACUUCGUUGAGUUGAAGCUUGGUAACGGAGGAAAGAAUGGCCACUGCCCUAGCCCGCAUCUCUAGAAAAGCCCUAGCGUCCUCGCACCCCCACCUUAGCCGCACCUUCUCCGCUGAUGCUGGGGCAUCAACCAAAUCUAUAACGCCGUCGCCCGAUCGAGUCAAGUGGGACUAUCGAGGUCAAAGGCAGAUAAUCCCGUUGGGUCAGUGGAUUCCCAAGGUCGCCGUCGACGCCUAUGUCGCACCCAAUGUCGUCCUAGCGGGUCAGGUUACGGUCUGCGAUGGAGCGUCAGUUUGGAGCGGAUCGGUCCUCAGGGGUGAUCUCAACAAGAUCACAGUCGGCUUCUGCUCCAAUGUUCAAGAGCGGUGCGUUAUGCAUGCCGCCUGGAACUCGCCUACAGGGCUGCCGGCAGAGACAUCCAUUGAAAGGUUUGUGACAAUUGGUGCAUACAGUCUCUUGCGAUCCUGCACAAUUGAGCCAGAAUGCAUUAUCGGACAGCACUCUAUCCUCAUGGAAGGUUCUUUGGUGGAGACACACUCAAUACUUGAAGCAGGGUCAGUAGUUCCCCCAGGAAGGAGAAUUCCAACUGGUGAACUUUGGGCAGGAAAUCCAGCAAGGUUUGUGAGGGCUUUGACUCAUGAAGAGACUUUAGAAGUCCCAAAACUUGCUGUUGCAAUUAACGAUCUCAGCAAAAACCAUUUCUCCGAGUUUCUUCCUUACUCUACAGUAUAUUUAGAGGUUGAGAAGUUGAAGAAGAAGUUAGGCAUUUCUAUCUGAUGCUUUUAACUGUCAUGUUUUUAUGUGUCGGUUAAUGGCAAGGAAAUAAAUAGCUGGAGAACAUAUAAAGCAAGCUUUCAUGUUUCUUUUGUUUGUAUUUGAUUUUGUUGGUUGUUGAAAGAGCUGGUUGUGAAUUUCAACCAAAUGGGUGAAUGGUAGUCACUGGAGGCACUUGUCAAUUGUAUUUGGUUUGCAUACUAAAGCUUACUGUACUUGGCUUUGUCCAGCCUUUCUUGAUGUUGGCUGUCGAGAACUUGUCCAUUUUCCCUUCAUAUCAAAGAAGAUACUCCAGUUCAUUAGGGAAA